UUGAUAAAAAAUGUCUUUUCCAGAGUGGAAAGGAAGAAGAAGGAAAAGGAAAAGGAAGUGGAAGGAAAGGUUGAAAUCCAUGUAGGUAAAGUUGGUGAGAAAGAAAAGGAUUUGUCAAUCUAUAGCAUGGAUAUAGCGCAAUUGAAGAAGGAUGAACAAGCGAGGACGGAGAGUGAAAAGCAAAAGAAUGCGAAUAAGAAGAAGUCGGACAAAGAGGAAAAGAAGGAGAAGCCAAGAGAGACGGGAGGGGCAAUGAAGGAAAAGGAAGGUCAAGAAAGAGCGGCAACCGACGCUGUUACAUCAGCAAAAAAGCGGAGUUAA